AGAAAAAUUGUCAAAAUGCCGGAUUCAGGGAAACACAUUUUCAUACUCUACGAAUCGGGUCGCGAGCCCGACCACAGCAAGCAUUGCAAAUCAACCGUCUAUCAAGUCAACAAGAAAGGACAUUCGGCUGCCCUCUCCCUCAGCCUUGAGAUCGUCGAAGACCAGAAGGGAGUGCACCGCAUCCAACUGACUGUAUUGGUAACGGCAUUCGAGAGCAGCGAAGGAAGCAGCGAAGGAAGCAGCGAAGGAAGCAGCGAAGGAAGCAGCGAAGGAGUCAGCGGAGUUCCAGCUUUGGUAGCUGUGCCAGUCGAUGCCAACAGUCCGAAAACAGACGCACACUGUGUGGCCUCCACAGAAACCCAAUUGGCUCUUAUCCGAGGCCUAGUCGAGUCCUUUGGCAUCAUUUCCCUGGAUAAGCAGCAGGAGCAAGAGCAAGAGCAAGAGCCAGAGCCAGAGCCAGAGCCCAACAAACCGCAAACAGACGAGCUCAACGAACAGUCGUCGGUGGCCGCAACAGAAACCGAAUUGGAUCUAAUCUUUGGUCGCAUCGAGUCUGUCGUUGCCGUUUCCCUGGAUGAGCAGCAGCGACUGGCAAAGGAAACGAAGCAGCUGCAACAGGAGCUGGAAGAGUUGCAGCAGGAAGAGGAGAAGCUAGAAGAGCAGCCACAGCCACAGCCAGAGCUCGACCCUGGUGCAGAAGUGGAGCUCGUGUCCGCCAACGUAACGCAAACAUCAGAGAAGGAAGCGGAGCUUCAAGUGGAAGCGUCUGCGGAAACUGCCGCAGUCAACUCUGAUACCGAUUAUCUGGAAAAUCUAGGACCAUCACAGCUCUUGGCGUGUUGGGAGCAAAACAAGAAGGACAAGCAGCAGUCGGCCAGAAUAUUGCAGCUGCUCGAGCUGCGCACGAAGGAGGCGGAGCAGAGGAACGCAAAACGAGCACUGCGACAUCAAGAGCGCUUGCUGCAGCUUCAAGCAACUUACAAGAUAAGGAACGUCCAAGAGCAGGCGCGCCUUCGUCAGGAGAGUAACUGGCAGAUAGAGCAGGAGGAGGAGAAGGCCGCAAAACGAUUGGCGGCACUGCAGAAGGACUUCGAUCAUCAGGUACGCGUGCAGCAGAAAGCGGCGGAAAAGUUACGCGAGAAACAGGCGCUGCAGAAGCAGUUGAGAGAGCGCGAAGAGAGGGCCAAGCGGGAGGCAGAGAACGAACAGAAGCUCCGCCGCGAGCAGCAGUUGAUCGAAGAGGUAGAGGCGGCCAAGAAGCGCCGGCAGGAGCGGGCGGACAGCGAGCAACGCGAGCAGCUGAAACACUUUCAACUUUAUCAAUUACUGCACUUGGGCGCAUCAAGCAGCGAUUCCUCCUUCGACCAUCAGCAUCAGCAUCCGCACGAGGAGAGCUGCAGCUACAGCCUCAGCAGCCGCUCGACGACACUCUCCACAGAAUCCUGCUUGGGCUCGUCGCUGAUGCAAAACGAAAUGGUUAGCAUACCGAUGGCCAAUCUGAAUGGCGGCCUCAAGGCGGCGUCUGGAUCGGCCGGUGGCUCCUCGACUGGCGGCGGCGUUCGAUACUUUUCACAGUUCAGCAAAGGUGGCGUCUCCAGCAGCAGCAGCAGCAGCACAACCACCACGCUGGUGCACCAGCAGCGCAGCAAUGGGGGGGAGCUUUAUGCCAAUGGCCGACUGGGUGUCAUGCGCAUCAAAUCGGAGCAACAUGACUUGCUGCUGGACUCGUUGACUGCCAUCAAACCGGAACUGAUUAACGCAACGGAGCCCAAGGCAGCGCAGACACCACCAGCACCAGCGGCAGCGGCAGUGGAAGCCACAGCAGCAGAGUCACAGUCACAGCCAGCAGCAGAAGCCGAAGCCGAAUCGGAAGCAGAAGAUGCUCCCAUCGCCCUGCUCAGCAGCCCACAACAGGCAGCGGAGGCAGCGGAGGCAUCAGCCGACGAUCCCGAGCUGGACAUUGUCAUCAACAAUGUGGUGUGCUCGUUCAGCGUGCGCUGCCACCUCAAGCUGCGCGACAUUGCGCUGCGCGGCAACAAUGUGGAGUAUCGCAGGGAGAACGGCAUGGUGACCAUGAAGCUGCGACGGCCAUACACAACGGCAUCCAUAUGGUCAUCCGGCAGGAUCACCUGCACGGGCGCCACCUCCGAGGUGAUGGCCAAAGUGGCUGCCAGACGGUAUGCCCGAUGCUUGGGCAAGCUCGGCUUUCCCACACGCUUUCAAAACUUUCGCAUCGUGAACGUUCUGGGCACCUGCAGCAUGCCCUGGGCCAUCAAGAUUGUCAACUUCUCGGAGAAGCAUCGCAAGAACGCCAGCUACGAGCCGGAGCUGCAUCCGGGCGUCACAUACAAAAUGAAAAUGCCCAAAGCCACGCUCAAGAUCUUCUCCACGGGCAGCGUGACAGUCACAGCCGCUUGCGUGAAUGAUGUGGAGUCUGCCAUACAGCAUAUUUAUCCGUUGGUGCACGAGUUCAGCAAGCAACGUUCGCCCGAGGAGCUGCAGCAUCUACGCGCUAAACAGAACAAAAAUGCGGGCAUCAGUGGCAAAGUGGCCGGCGCCAAGGGCGCGAGCAUUGCCAGCACCAUCACCAAUGCCAGUGAGACGCGCGAGCUGCAAGAUGAAAUCCUAACGACUGCCAAGCUGCAGUCGCGCCGCGAUAUUCUGGUGAAUGCCACCGCUGCCCACGCAAAGACAACGCCCGGCAAUGCGGCCGAGGAUCUGGUGAAUGCGCCGGUGAGCAAUGUGCAGCGGCUGAAGCAGAUCGAAUCGUAUCGCCAGCUGUCGACGCAGACGCAGGAGGAGCGCCGCCACAUACCCUUCCCAAGGGACAAGUCGGAGUCGGGGCUGUUCCCACACUCGAAUCCCAGCACGCCGCCGGGCGACAAUAUCUGUGCCAAUGCCCGGCGCCGGGCCACCGAGUGUUGGGCCACCAAGCUGUUGCACAAGCGGCCGCGCUACAACGAUCCCAGCCCAGUGGGAUCGGCCGGCAAGCCAGCGACGACGAAGACGAGCGCCAUCACCUCUUCCACCUCCAAUCCCGCCAGUCAAAGCACAACCAACAGCACACCCGCCACAGGCACAGGCACAGCCACAGCCCUUGCUGGUCCCAUUCUGCCGCUAUCCUCGCUGACGCCCAUCGGCAGCAGGCCCUUCAGCAUGAUCGGCUCGCGCACAAUUGUGCCUGCCGCGGGGGCCAUCAUCAAGAUCAAGCAGAGCUGCAUCAAGCCACUGAACCGCAAUGCCCUGGCCGCAUUCACCGCUGCCUCCAAUGCCACAGCCACUGGAAAUUCUAGUCUUGGAGCUGCUCCUGCUGCUGCCACAAUCAAGAGGGAGCAACAAUCAAGCUGCAACUCCGAUGUGGAUGUGGAAAUGGGCUGGCCAUGAUGUGGACUGAUGGUUGAAUGAUUCACACAGAGAGAGAGCGAGAGAGAGAGAAAAAGGAACAAUAUAUCGUCGUUGCCUAUGCCAAAAUAUAUAGAAAUUAGCAGAAAAGAAAACCCAAACACACAAAAACAAAACGCAAGGAAAGGGAUUCGCCCUCUCCCCUUGUGUUCUCUGCAUUUAAAACGGAGGAGGACACAGCAUCGAAAGAGAAACGCAACUAAAACAAGAGCCAAAAAUAGAAUACUUAAGAUUUAUGUUAGUUUGCAACCAACAAGUCCACAACAUCCACAGAUCAUAGAUGAUGGUAUUACCCCUUACCAUGCGCAUUCAUCACUCAAUUUGUAACUGAAGAUCCGACUUAGAUGUAAAAAUAAAAAGAUGUACGAAAAGGCAAUAUUCGUUUAUAAUACGUAGAGACAUACGGCUACGUUGCUCCCCACCCCCCCACAUCCCAUCCAUCCCUUUAUUUACUUUAUAAUUAUCAUAAAUAGUCGGUUUUUUUUGUGUAAUUUAGUUUCUGUAUAUUUAGUUAGUUAAUUUAUGUGAACAAACCACCGCCUAACGAAAGAGAAAUACUGUAAAAUGAGAGAGAGAGAGAGAGUUGGAGAGUGGAAGAAGGAGCACCAUUCAGCAGUCAAUCCCCCCCGCACCCACAAUCCAAAGCCAAGCCUUAAAAAAUAAGCAAUAGAAAGUGCUCUUUAGCGGAGCAAAAGAGAAGGCGCACUCAAGUGCCUUUAAUCACACACACACACCACACACUCACACACACACACACACAUGUAAUAAAUAUUUUGUAACUUUACCUAGAGCCGCCUUAAACCAACAGAAAAAAUUAAUGCAAGCAAUAGAAGCACUCAAGUGCCUUCCAAACGAUUCAAACACGAGACACGAAAACACACUCAAGCCCACAAUCAAAGCAUCAAGCAGUCCAGUCAAGCAGUAAAUUGAUUUGUUUUCCUUCUUCGAAUAGAAGACC